AGCGCGCGGGUUGCGUAACGGGAGGGACGUUCUGGAAGGUUCUGGGGCCGCCCUCAGUCGCUGGCGGGCGGCGGCAGCUGCGGUUCUGUCGUUCUCCUGUCGUUCUUCUAUCGCGCUUGUAUCGCCGAUCGCGGCUGGCGCAGUGGGCUCGGCGCUAUGGGGGUGACUCACGAAGCGGGGCUCUCCCCUCAGGACCCGUGCGGGGGCAGCCCGGCGGGCUGGAGCCGGAGCGCGCAGGUGCCUCAGGGGAACCAGCGCGGGGCGUGCCCGGCAGCGCCCAGCGGAACAGAGACGGGGCACUGCAGAGCAGCAGCCAGACCCGAGGCAGAGGCUGACAGCACACAGAAGGGCAGCGCGGGGCAGACGGCCGACAUGGCGGAGUUCAUGGACGACCUGAGGCUGGGCUCUCCCGAGCACCGGGACUCUCCCGAGCACCGGGACUCCCGGCGGAGCUGCUCCGGCUCCAGCCGCUCCUCCAGCCGCUCCUCGCGCAGCUCCAGCUCCAGCAGCUCCUCGGGCCGCUCCUCGCGCAGCUGGAGCCGCUCCCGGUCGCGCUCCCGUUCCCGGCGGCGCCGUUCCCACCGCUCCCGGCGCCGUUCCCGUUCCUACUCGCGCAGCCGCUCCCGCUCCCGCGGCUCCCGGCGCUACCGCGGCCGCUACCGGCCCCGGCGCUACCGGCACCGCUACGGCCGGCACCGCUCCCGCUCCUGGUCCCGCGGCAGGCCCUGCUACCGCCGCUCGUACUCCCGCAGCCGCUCCCGCUCCCGGCGCCGCUACUACGGCUUCGGCAGAACCGUGUACCCCGAGGCCUACCGGGGCUGGAGGAGCCGCUCCCGCACGCGCUCCCGGAGCCGCUCACCGCUGCACCUCAGCGAGAAAGACAAGAGGGAACUCCUGGAAAUUGCAAAAGCCAAUGCUGCCAAAGCUCUAGGAACAGACAACAUUGUCCUGCCAGCCAGCCUGAAGAUCUCUGCCCCUGCCAAGGAGAUCAAAACUGAGAAGCAGGAGCGUGAGGAAGCCACGGAGUCAGCUGAGCAACCUGGGAGUGCAGCUGAGGACGUGAGCAAGGCUGGCAUGGAGAGAGCAACCAUCCAGAGGAGCAUUUCCUUCAGCCCUAAUAACACAAUGGCCAAGCCUGCCCUGCAGAAGCCAGUGAGCCACACUGUGGUUAAGGAGCCAGUGGUUUCUCCAGCCAGGGAGGAUGACAGGAAGGGAAGCCCCUAUGGGCAGUGGGUUCCUGUCAAGAAGGAGGAGAAGAAAACAUUCCUGAACUUCUCACCCAAAAGCUCCCUGUUCCGGGCACGCUGAGGGGAGUCCCUGUCACUGCAGCACUUGGCACCCUCAGCACAGAGGGAGACUUCGAGGGCUUGAAGACUUGUUAAUACUGAGUAUUUAUUUUGAGGUCUUAAUUUUUGGAAUCUUAGGUUUCUCUUUCAGAUAGAGAGCACACAGAUCCAGAAGCCACAGAUGGGAAUCUUGUGUAUAUUUGUAAAUAUUUUAUAUUGCUUUAUUGGACUAGAACUUGCAGGUGGGUAACUUUUUCUAAACCAUAGUUGAGUAGCUGUUCUUUGCACACCUGGAUUUACCUUGUGUAACUGUUUACUUAAAGUGAAUAAAGUUUAGUUUUGCACUGGC